ACCUACAGUUGAGAAAACACAUGAGACAGAUGAAACAGCGGUAUCGCUAGUGAUAAGCGAACACUACAGAAUACCUACCGUGAAUGCUCCGCUUAGGCUGAGCCCAAAGAUAAUAGGAACCAAUUUAUGUGAUACAUGCAUAAGUGAAAAAGUCCUAUUGUUUUUAUCCUUAGUUUUCUUUUAUUUUCGUUCUGAUUCUGCAGUGUAUUGGUGCGUUUAUGAAAUGCCUGCCAGUGUGUGUAGUAGUGGCGGGUGGAACGCCGUGAGAUGCAACGGUGCUUUGGAUACGAGUGAGCAGCAAACUGAUUGUGUGUGUCUGUUGAUAUGAAGAGAAUUCGAACAUGCAUAGAAAGUAUGCAGACUAGGAUUUUUGUUUGAUUCAAGUCUCCCACAACCAUGAAAUAUAGACGCAUAUCAACUGCUUAUAUUUUUAGCAAGAGCCAAAAACCAGGGAGAAACUAGAUUGCACUGAAAGAACUUAGGGGUACGGGUAGUAACAAAAAAUGUUAUAUAUGCUUUCUUUUAAACCAAUGCUACCCUUUAUUAGCCAUAUUGCAGCUACAUGUCACUCAAUUUUUUAAAUUUUACGCCACAUGUGCUAUUGAAUCGAUUCAAUUUACUUAAACUCGGUAUGACCGCACGACGUGUGCUGCUCACAGUAAACCAAUGCAUCUGUACCUAUACUCACGUAUAUAAUAGAGUUCGAAAACGUUUGUUCUAAGCUCCACUAUUUAACAGGUUAUGGCGCGACGAGCAAACCCUACCAGAUGGUGGAAAGGUGAACUCUUUCUACUUUCUCAUUUGAUAUAUUGUAAUAGUCUUUUGUCGAAACACCAUACCUCCUUGAGCCACGAUCUUGUCACAGGACGAUAAUGAGAAUACUCGACCACUGAUCCGUUUCGUAUCGGGAGCAGUCAAAGUGUUUGUAGAAAGCUUCGUGCUGAUGGUGGUCACGGUGCAUACGAUGGUGGUUUGUUGUCGAAAGACGUCUACUAUCUUUCCACUUUUUGGUCAUUUUAUUCGUUGAACGACCUUCCUACCACUCAGCAAAGCAAUGUAUCAACAAUAGUCAGUCGUAUCGAGUUGGCAGUGCACUCGUGGUAGAAAAUGUCUCCCUUUGCCGCACGCCUGUGCUCCUGGGUAAUCGUUGCAGCACCUUCAGUAACCGUCGCUGUAAUUCCUCGCGGUCGACCAGUCGCUUGCCUGCUUGUUGCGAGCCUGAUAGGCUUGGACGGCUGAAGGCCUUCCGUUGUUCCGUUGAAGCGGACCUGGACCAUUCUGUUGUAAAACUCUUAUAACAGGGCUAGUAACAGCAGUGGACACACAACAGCCAGCUGCCGAUGGUAAAUGAGGCUGGGCACAUCAAGCUACCAGAAUGUGCACUGGAAUCUGCCCCGACGGCUAACAUCUUUAAAGACCUGUCAGGCAAUGUAAUAUUGAUGUGCGACGCCAUAACGGUCCCACAAUAAUUUUGACGUGCUUCACGUCCUGCCUAGUCUAAUAGAGCGAGCUUUUUUUUGUACUUCUACCGGGAUCUGAUUGAGGUUUGGCCAUGUCCAAAACAGCCGUCUGACAGAACCGGAUAGACUGGUCGUCUUUACGCUAAGCCCUCCAGUGAACUUCUGUCUUCUUUCACAGCAUCAUCCGUUCUGUGAUGAUAGUACUACCUGAAACGGACUUUAAGUCAGUUGCGGUUCAGCUCUGUUUAACGCAGAGAACGAUAUGAUGCUAUCCAUACAAGGUCUGCAAUGUAUCUGCUAACUCUUUGCUUAUGGCUAGCUUAAAUAUUAUUUUGAGACUUGCAGAGAUACCGAAAAAAAAGAUUGUGCGUGUUCAUGGAAUCAGGAAUCGCACAAAUAUCUAAUCUCUACAGAUAUUAUAAUAUCACUCAAGUGUGGUGAAAGUGUAAUACCUAAAAGUGUUGUUUGGCUGUACGGGUACUCCUGCAACAAAUCAAUGAAAUGAUGAUUUUGACGUUAUCAUGUAGACGAACAACGGAGACGUAUAUAAGCUCAUAUCGAAGUUUAACCGAAAGCAUCGUGUAGAAGUGAGUUGUGGCACUGGUAACAGGGGGAAGCUGGUGAACGGCAUACGAUUGAAGCACGAGUGCUGCCACAACGAUUGUUCAAUGAUGCCUAUUCAGAAUGUGUUGCUGUCAGAAUUCCUGCUUCUGCUGCUGUUGCCGUACAACUAUUCUCCUUCUUCUCACAGGAGCGACCAUCCUUUUCCUGCUUUUUACUCUGCAUCCUGCUUUUGCAGCUGACGAGGAUGUUGUCGACUUCCACAGUCAAGAUGAGGCAUUCAGAAAUAAUGCCAUGGGCGGCCCCAGUGCGCGUGCAAACAACAUGGUUGAUCGACUUAUUCAGCUGAUGCAGUCGAGCGCGCUGAUUUCUCCGCAGCUGAAUAACAUCACUGUAGAGCGCACCCUGGACCUCAAACAUGGAACUAUUGAAGAUCUUAACAUACAGGGACUUGUUGCAGGUAUGCAGCGUUCCGGUGAUGCUGUGCUGUCUGUAUCGGGAACUCGAUUUGGACUUGCAAUGCCAAUCUCUUUAAGAAACGUCACAGUACGCGCUCUGCAUCGACGAUCAUCACCAGUUGGGGGGCUCCAAGCUGCCGGUGUAGCUCAUCUUGACGUUCUUACAACCCGAUUUCGGGUGUCCUUAGGCACUACAGGAAUGAAUCUCGACGAUUUCAAGAUCACAAGCAUUGGGCGUAUCCGAAUGAGAAAACUCGAUUUCAUUCCUGGGCUAGAUUGGUUCUUCUCUUGGUUAGGUGAGACUCAAAUCAACCAAAGAAGGGCAGAGCUUGUCGAACCCCUAGAAGAGGCUGGAACCCGGGUUUUUCAUAAAGCUCUAAAAUCUGUCACACAAGACAAGAUUGCAGAGUUCAUUGCAGAACGGACGAAUAGGCUUCGCAUGCUUGGCUAAUGCGUCUAGGUCGUAGGACAAAAUUAUAUGAUUAUUUUCAUUUAUGACGCUGAAAUCGUAACAACACGACGCUUUAUACUGCAUUAAAAAUAUGCUUUGGUAUCUGUUAAGGCAAAGCCUUGUUACUGCCUGAAUAUUUGAAAAGAUUAUACUGUACCUAUAUAGACAAUGGGAAAACUAGCAUGGACCCUCUAAACGAAAAGACCUUCCUAGCUCUUCUGUCGAUCCUAAUGUCGCUGGAUUACCAUUUGCAAUAUAUUGAAAACAUUCCAGUAGUGAAGUCGACUUCGAAAAUAAUUGAGUUUAUAACACAGGCCUUACCUUCGUGAGGUAAUUAAAUGCUUUGCCCGGCCUAAUCAACUGCUAUUUAAUGCUCAAGUAAACUGCUGUGUUCAUUUGAGUGAAAUCGUAAAUACACGAUUGCCGUGUUUUAUUGGUCUGUAGCCGAUACCACAAAAUGUCGCAAAUCUUAAUAUAUAACAAUUUUAUUUAAACUAAAUAAUUAUUUCACUAUUUUAGUCGCCUUCGAUGCAAUAUCUAAAAUGUUAUCGUAUCAUCAAUGUAAUAAUGUAGUUUUAAGAAAAAAGAAUGAAAAUUCACAGGGUCACACGCAAACCAAACGUUUAGCCUUUUGAAGUUGCGUGUACUGUUAAGGUAUGAACCGGACUGUAUGUAUUAGUAACAUUAGAGUCUGUAAAAACCUGAUGACAUACUGAGUUUGCGUUACCCCGUUACUUAGGCUUGGUCAUAUUUGCUGCGUUCUGCAAAUAUGUAUCCUGGCUAUUGGCAUUCUGUGUAUGAGCGCAGGAACCUUCAAAAUGGUCAAAUACUUAUUCUGUUUAUUGUUAUAUAUUGUUGUCUAUUGUGUAUAAAGUAUAAGCGUCUCUUUACGAGCACCUUCGAACAUAAUUUGUUACAGAAGAAAUAAAAUCUUUAUCUUUAUUGACAAAAUCAUGUGUUAUUUUCAUCAUCCAUCUUUAAUCUUUGCGUUGCAGAAGAAUUUGGGUAACUUCAUACUUACGGUGUCGUCCUUUCUUUUCUUAGACUUUGUCUGUUGCUAAUAUAUUGUUAAUACUAGUAGAUCCAACCAAAGUGUAGACUUUUUCUCAACCUGUUGACUAUUAGGUAGACUUAGUUAAUUCUUUCUUUGAGCCAAACUAGUUUGAACCGCCUAUAUGAGUCAAAUCUUCGAGCUUCAGAUAGCUCCUAUAAGCAUAUUAACUAGCGGUAGUAUAAAUAGAAAAUCAGAGAUAGCAUUACGCAAAGAAAGGUGACAGAUUGGUGAGCUGACAAAAAAGAUAUUUCAAAGGAAAAGCUUCUCGGACUCAAGGAUUAUAGUGAAAACUACAACUAGCUGGAACAUGUUCCUCUAAUGAAUUGUGAAAAGCUAUGUAACAUAUCAUGACCUGUGUUUGCGUGCCUUAUCUAGUUAUUGAUGCAUCCGAUAGGUGAGCUUGUGAGUUCUCUGCGACAUAGUAUUACUUUUCCAAGAAGAGUCAUCGUAUCUCUGCUUGGGGUCAGCUUGCUCAUUACUACCUGCUAUUACUCAUUAGACGAACGUAUGUCAGACUAUGUAAAAUUCUCUUUCGGUUUCAAAGUUGUUUAUAAAAAUUCAAUAGUUACCUUAAACAGACAUCGUCGUUGACAGCCAAGUCGGUCCCGUUUAGAUUCGAAUUGACAAAUGGACCGCUUUUGACCUUUUAUCUGAUGAAGUCUCAAUUUGUAAAUCAAUAGUUAAGUUGUCAAGAUACUUUUUUGUUAAUACUUUUAGGUCGAUUGCCCAAACAUUAAGAAAACACUGUGAAAUAUUCAAUACACACAUAAACACUUAUCAUAAAUACACAACCUGUACAAUAAAUAAGGCAGUUUCGCCGGAGUGCAAUCUCGAUGCAAUGGCCCUUUCGCCAGGACGGACUAAUUGCUGAUUUAUUUCACAUUUUACGUAGAUAAGAAGACCAAUUUUGAUUAGUAUGGCAUUUUUCCCUUAUGAUUUUGGAUUGCUAGAAAAUCCCAUCAUAGGUUAUUUCCCCUUUCUCCGUACGAAAACACAAUAUAAUGCACAAGAAAUGAAUAGGACGUACGACUUUCAUUAAUUCUGCCCUCAUA